AUGCUACGCGCCGUACGCUUGGGUUUGGUUGUGGUCGGGCGGCGAGCUACCCUUACUCGCCGUCCACAGGCCCGCGCUUACGGUGGCCAUAGAUCGUCUCUCGAUCCCCGACGCACGGAGUGUCGCCUACUGCAGGAAGAGGACUCCCUCACGCGGUCCACCUCCUUCUUUGCGAGCAUAACUGCUUCACACAAAGAAGAGACUAAGAGUGGGAGAGUCGUGCUUCGGCACGAAUGGGUCGGCUCGACCGGAGUGAUACCACGGCCUCACAGAAAACCGGCUUCGACGCUGACACCAGUUCGAGCAGUCACGCCAGUCUCAGUACUACCCGACAGUCUGCGAGUACAGCGAUAUCGUAGCCAUGAAGUUCAUUGUGUGUGUCUUCUUAAUGUUAGUGAUCCUGGAGGGAUUCUAUUGUGCACCGUAUUACUACGAUUCGUCAUCAUCAUCAUCGUCUACAUCAUACUCAAAUACUUUUACAAACAGAGGGAAUUACAAUGCUCUUAUCGUUGGUGGCGGAAUGAGCUCGAACAUGAUCCGAAAUAUUCUUCAAGCAACUCUUACUGGCGGUGACGACCAGUCAACGCCUUGUUGUUGAUUAGGAGAUGAUAUGGAGUAAGACGUCGUAUGAAUUGUGUUUCACUUUGUGAGUUAAGUUGCCGGAGGCACAAUCCUCGUCCUCAUCCAAUCUGAAUCAUCAAAUCUGUGAACUCCAAAUCUCCUUAAGGCUAGCAUUCGUAAUUCAACGCAACUAGUAAAAAAAAUUAUGAUCAGGAUAUACUUCAUAAGAGUUCUUGGUUCAAUGAAGCACAUUAUACCUCCGUCACAGAAAAUGGAAUGCAGUCGCCAGCCUAUCAUGUAUUUCUUUGUUUUGCUUCUAGUCUUAGUCGCUUAUGUAAUAUGGUAGUUAUUAAUAUUUUUUUAAAUUAAUUAUUUGUUAUCAUGACACAA